GUAGCGGUUGAGCCGUUGAAGAAGGAGUUUUGUUUUGUUUUGUUUUGUUUGUAUCAGGGUGAUUUUAAUGCUCUGUAAUAGCUUCAGAAAUGUCUCAAAACGUCCAGAAUGUCACUCUUUCUCUGACAUUACCCAUAUCGUGUCAGAUCUGCCUCGGAAAGGUCCGUAAGCCGACGAUCUGCUGUAAUCACCACGUGUUCUGCGCAGCCUGCAUCGAGCUUUGGCUUCAGAAGUGCAGUCAGUGUCCCACCUGCAGAGUUCCCAUCACACCUGAAAACCCCUGCCGAGAAAUUAUUGGAGCUACAAAUGAGAGCAAGUCCAGCGAAAGCCAUUCAGUCAGGAAGCAUCUGAGGAUGACACGAGGGGAGUUACUGCUGCGAGAGUAUGAGGAUGAACUGGAAGUUCUGCUAAAGGAGAAUGAAGAGCUGAAAACCAAAAGCGCGAAUCUGGAAUCACAGCUGAAGGCCUCGCUGACGCCCGCUUCACCUCGGACUUCUCCUAGCCACACCCUGCCUGACUCCGCCCUUCUGGAGGAAUCCGCUAAUAAGCUGCGAGCUGCCACUGAGCUUUAUCAGAGAGUGCAAAAGGACGUGGACAAGCUGAGAGAUGCUAACAAGGCUCUGCGCUCCCAGAACGUCGACCUCGUCCAGGAAAACCUGCGCCUGAGAGCCGAGGUGGAGAGCAGAUCUCCUCAGAAGUUUGGCAGGUACACUGUAGCAGCGUUGGAGGCUAAGAUCUCCCAGUAUGAGCGAGAGAUGAAUCAGCUGAAGAAGGCCCUGGAGCGAAGUGAUGCCUUCAUCGAGGAGCUGGAGUCCCAAGUGUCCAAACUCCAGAGCGGGCCUCCAACACAGAUCACUUCCUUCGAGCAGAGCCAGGACAAAGCUACAGACAGUAGGAGCUCGAACCUGGACAGUACAUCUGUAGGUCAUCUAGACGGCUGCGGCCUCCUGGGUAUUCCUCCUUCUGAUAAAGCUUCAGGUCCUCAGAGGGACACGUUGGUAAACUUCACCGUGCCCUCCACUCCCCCUACUCCCUCCUCGGCACUUGGCCGUUUAAGUCUGAAAAGCCCAGCGGCGCGACCCGUGAGAAAGCCGGGCUGUGAGCGCCUCUCGUAUCUGAGGAGGCUCAGCUUCGACGACUGUGGCAGCUCGAGCAGCCGCACAACAUUUCCCUCAGUGGAACACACUUCUCUUCAAGUCGGCAAUAAUGAAUUAGAGCAGAAAGCCUCAGUAAAUUCUUCCAGUCGAAGCGUGUGGAGCAGUUGGGAGGAGCCUCGUUCCAGCGCUUUGUAUAGCGCACGGGAAAACGGGCAGAACAUCAGCGAGGUCGCCCCCUUAGCGGAGGAAGCUCGCAUGGAUGCAGCAUUCCUCGACAUCGUCUCCGAGCUCGACUCCAUGAUGGCCGAAGGGGAAAGCUCUCACUCUCUCGCGCCUCGGCUUCCACCUGACUUCGAUGCCACGCCGUUAUCAGAUCUGGCCGUCCACGUCGAUCCCGAAAACGCUACAGAGCAGGAGCGCGACGCCCCAGAUGUACCGCAGAUGUUCUGUGCUUCCGUGAAGCGGAAAUGUCCCAAUGGACUAUCAACGUCCAGUCCCUCCAAACAAUCCAGGGUCAAAUAGUUAACAUUUUUUAAAUAUAUGUCACAUUUUUUUUCCAGGCUCUGAAACAAGACUUACUCUGUGUUACUGUAUGCACAUGUGAAAGAUUUUGCUAGUCAGGUAGCUCAGACGAUCUAACAUGACAGGAUUGUAAUCUUAACACUCUGCUCUGGAAAUAUUUCUAAUUGUCAGUUUGCUAGAUUUCUGAGAGGAUUUUUUUUCCCUUGUUUUUUUUUUUUUUUUUUUUUUUUUAAAUCAUUUGCAGAAUUCUUCUAAUCCUCAGUGCCAGACUUCAACAGCUACCAUGAGACCGUUUUACGUCUGGGAUCUCUUAGUCAGACCGAUUCAUAAUAAAUUUUUAAUUCUUUCACAGAACGAGAUCAUUUGAUAAUUACGAGCAAUCACAGACUUUCCCCCCAGCUCAUCAUCAAACAGGCACAAUCAUCUAGUCUGCUCGCCACUAAAUGUUUCAAAUCAAACUCUUUAAUAACUUUUAAGUGAGAUUCUGUACAUUUUUUUUUCUUCUUUUCCUCAGUCUAUUCUGAAAUGUUCAUUUUGUGUUUUCCGGGAGGUCUCGAUACAUAGGAGAGCAGAGAGCCGAUGGGCUGUAUCCAGUGGGCGGAGUCUGGUACUGAGAUUAGAUCCAGAUUAGAUUUUCUAGAGCGUUUACUUCUCUUUUUUUUUCCUUUUGUAAUUAGCAUCUCAGAAUGUUUCAUUAGUUACCUCAAGAUAUUUUAUUGUCUCUCUGAGACACAUCAAGUCCUGGUUUGACUUAAACACCUCUUAUAUUUCAACACAUUUUCCACUAAUGGCAGCUAAUUAGAGUUUGUGGACUUCCAUUAACCCCUUAGGGAUUACAUGUCGUAUAUUUUUCUGCUGUAUUUUUUUUAACCACCCGUGAAAGUGUUUCAAACAAUAUAUAUAUAUUUUUGUAAAUCAUCCACUGUAAAAGUUGUACUAAAUAAAAU